AUGAUGCUGCUAAAACGAGUAGCGCCGACCUCCAUGCGCACCCUUUCGCGAGUUCGAUCGGCCACGAUGUCGACGACCUCUGUCGUCCGAGCGGCUUCCUCUAGCCACGAACUGCCCGCGAUUCCAAGUGCCGUGCUUCACCGAACAUUGAAAGCUGCACCGCCUCAGGUUGUGGCGGCGAACGGAAAAUACCUGACGUUCUCAAACGGGAAGUCCAUCUUAGACACGACCUGCGGCGCGGCCGUUGCCUGUAUCGGCUCGAACAAUCAGCGGGUGAAGAAAGCCAUGAUUGAGCAGUUGGACAAGUUUGCGUAUUGCAACUCAAUGUUCUUCGGUCACCCCAUCGGCGAACAGUUGGCAGACGAGCUGGUCCGAGGGACAGACGGCGCCAUGUCCAAGGCCUACAUCAUGUGCUCUGGGUCUGAGGCUAUGGAAGCAGCUAUGAAGAUGGCCCGCCAGUACUUUGUCGAGAUUGGUCAGCCUAAACGCGUCAACUUCAUCGCUCGGGAGGGCUCUUAUCACGGCACCACCCUCGGCUCGCUUUCCAUGAGCGGGCACGUCGCGCGCCGGAGCCUCUUCACGGACAUGUUGCUUCCCAAUAUUGGCCGAGUGUCGGCUUGUAAUGCGUAUAGAGGCAUGAGAGAGGGGCAGACAGUGGGCGAGUACGUCGAGCAGCUGGCGGAUGAGCUGGACCGAAAGUUUCAGGAACUUGGCCCCGAGACUGUUUGCGCUUUUGUUGCCGAGCCAGUAGUUGGCGCGGCUUUGGGUUGUGUGCCUGCGGUAGAAGGUUAUUUCGAAGCGAUGAGAAGAGUCUGUGACAAGUACGGAGCUCUUCUCAUACUCGAUGAGGUCAUGUCAGGAAUGGGCCGCUGCGGAACGUUGCACGCGUGGCAACAUGACGGCGUGGCUCCUGAUAUACAGACGAUGGCGAAAGGUUUAGGAGGUGGUUACGCGCCCGUCGCGGGCCUCAUGAUAAACCACCGCGUCUCCGAAGCUCUCACAGACGGCACGGGUGCCUUCUCACACGGCCACACGUACCAGGGUCACCCAGUGGGAUGUGCUGCAGCAUUAGAAGUACAGCGAAUUAUUCGGGAAGAUGACUUGGUCGCCAAUAUCCGGCGACAAGGGGCCCUUUUGGAGAAGCUCCUACACGAAAAUCUAGAUGAUCAUCCAUAUGUGGGUGAUAUCAGAGGUAGAGGCUUGUUCUGGGGUAUCGAGUUCGUAUCGGACAAAAGAACGAAGGAACCAUUUCCACGGUCAGCUGAUAUCGCCAACCAAAUCCAUCUCAACGGUCUCAAUGAGUUCGGGAUCAGCUUAUACCCCGGCAACGGCACGAAAGAUGGAGUCCUGGGAGACCACGUGUUGCUUGCCCCUGCGUAUACCAGCACUGAGGAGGAGAUCAGACAUAUUGCGGAGAGAACGAAAUAUGCUAUCCUGCGGACAUUCGAGACCUUGAAGACUUCGUAG